AUGGCGCCAAGCAAGAAGGGAUGGCAGAUGAUUGAGAUCAUUUCGGUCUUGGUCAGUCUGUGUUUGAUCUCCCUGGUGCUGCGAGUCGUUGCUCGCAUUCGGAGAAGAGUUGGGUUCGACAUCGAUGAUUAUCUGAGCAUGAUUUCCAUGGUGCUCCUCGUUGCUAUGUUGGUCGAGUUGAUUCUUUGGUGUGCAAUUGGAGGCAAUGGAUCUCAUAUCGCUGAUCUAUCUCCCGAAACCCUCAUGAACUACUGGAAAAUCUUCCUCGCCAACCAAUUUACCUACUUCCUACUCUGCCCAUGUAUCAAGAUCUCCAUCAUCUGCUUCUACCGACGUCUCUUCGCAACACCGAUGUUCCAAAAGGUCAGCUUCGGCCUAAACUGCCUAAUCGCCGCCUGGGGCACAGGAAUCUUCCUAGCCUGCGCAGGACAAUGUCGACCCCUGCCAGCAUACUGGGACUCCCGCGUCGAAGGAUCAUGUUUCGACGCACAAAAAUUCAUCAUCGUCAACCAAGCUUUCAACGUACUUAUGGACUUCGUCAUCCUCGUCCUGCCAAUCCCAAUGAUCUGGAACCUUCAGCGCGCGUGGCAAGACAAGCUCGCGCUGAACGGGGUGUUUGCCCUCGGUGCCUUCGUCUGCUUCGCCAGCAUCUACCGCAUCGUCGUGCUCUUCUGGAUUAGUCCGACAGACCCAACAUUCACAGUCUACCAGGCGACUCUGUGGACGCAUAUUGAGCCUGCUGUUGGUCUGAUUUGCUCUAACUUGCCGAUCAUCCGUGGCCUGUUCCCGGCGCUUAAGUUAAAGAGCUCUCGAAAUGGAACGGGUCCUACGUAUAUCAACACCGAUUACACGAACUCGUUGUUCUUGUCGAAGUCUAGCCCCCGCUCGCCGGACCUUGAGUAUGUUAAGAUGUAUAAUGCCCAGGUUGAGAGUAAAUCGCCGGGUCAUCUUGGUGAUGACCUUCACCCACGGACUAUAAAUGUUCAGACGGAUAUUUCUAUCCUUCCGGGAAAUGAUUCCACUACUAGGUUGAACCACUGA